AUGGGCGACAUGGGAGGCAUGCAGGCGCCGGUGGGGAUGGAGGAGGAGGUGUUUCCGAGGCGGAGGGAGCGCAACCCGCACAAGCUGCUGGGCGUGCAGAAGGACGCCGACUUCCAGGAGAUCGUCGACGCCAAGAACUAUUUGAUGGCCAGGUACGGGAAGCACAGGGACUCGCGGGAAGCGAUCGACAUGGCCUACGACCGCCUGAUCAGCGCGAGCCAGCAGAAGCGGAAGAAGAAGGGCUUCCGGCCGCUCUCGAAGCGCCGCGGCCAGACCGUGGACCUCACGCUCAAGCAGCGCGUCAUGCGCAGCAUCGACUGGUCGGUCACGCCAAUCAAGGCCGCGAACAAGGCGGUCCCGUUCGCCCUCGCGGCCGCGACGGUGAUCCAGCCGAACCUCGAGGUGGUGUCCCUGGCGCUCAUGAUCUCGCUCGUGCUCGCCACGUGGAACCUCUUCCAGAAGAAGAAGCUGGAGCGCGAGGACAACCCCCCUGACGUGGACGACGAGACGCCCUCGGCGCUGCGCUCGCCGAUCUGGCCCGCGCUCGGGAUCGCGGCCGUGUCGUCCGCGGCGUCCAUCAUGUUCGGCACCGCGGUGUUCCGCAACCUCCCGCUGCCCGCCAGCAUCGCCGACAAGCUCGUCCUGCUCUCGGCGUUCGUCGGCAACUACCUCGCCGCCACCUUCGUCAAGUGA